AUAGGUUUGCAUGCCAGAUGAAGUAUAUAUACUUUGAAUCCCCGUCUCUCCUUGACCCCAGCACCCAGAACCAAAUACCCAUCUUCGACUCAUAGCUUUCAAUAUAGCAAGAUGAGGCUCGACGAGUACUCCUACGUCUUUGCCAUUGGCACCUUCUUUGCUAUGCUCGAUGCCUACAACAAUGGUGCAAACGAUGUUGCAAAUGCUUGGGCAACCAGUGUCUCAUCGAGAUCCAUCUCGUACAGGCAAGCGAUGGUCUUUGGAACGAUAUUCGAAAUGCUUGGAGCUAUUACCGUUGGAGCUCGAACAGCAGACACCAUUAAGAACGGUAUCAUUCCCAACGCUGCCUUUCGUGGAGAUGCCGGAGUUCAAAUGUUGGCCUUCACUUGCGCCCUCGCUGCUGCAUCUUCAUGGGUCAUGUGGUGCACUCGACAUUCUGCCCACGUCUCAUCGACCUACUCGCUUAUCUCUGCCGUCGCAGGUGUAGGUGUUGCCACUGUUGGUGCUUCUCAAGUGCAGUGGGGAUGGAACAACGGGAAAGGUCUUGGUGCCAUCUUCGCAGGUCUGGGAAUGGCUCCUGCCAUCUCGGCUGGAUUUGCUGCAACGAUCUUCAUGCUCAUCAAAAUCAUUGUUCACAUGCGUAAGAAUCCAGUCCCAUGGGCUGUUUACUCCUCGCCUUUCUGGUUCCUCGUAGCUGGUACCAUCUGUACACUUUCCAUCGUGUAUAAAGGUUCUCCCAACCUUGGUCUGAACAAGAAACCUUCCUGGUAUGUGGCUGCGGUGACGAUGGGGACUGGUUGCGGUGUUGCGGUUCUUUCCGCAGUAUUCUUCGUGCCGUUUGUGCAUGCGAGGAUCAUCAAGAAGGACUCGAGUGUCAAAUGGUGGAUGUUUAUCCAAGGACCGCUGCUCUUCAAGCGUCCAGCCCCAGCUGAUGCGGACCGAGCCAACGUCCCAAAUUAUGCUGUCGUCCAAGACGAGGAAGAGGAACAUGUCUCCGCUCGCACUCCAGAGUCCGGUAGCGAAUACGAUGCUGGCAAGACUGAUACUGGAAUCGAGCCUAUCUCUACACCUUCUGAGGACAAUGAGAAGAGGAUAGUUGCAGCCGAGGCCACACACACAUACGCAGAUAUCAGGGCUCAGGGCGAGAGCAAGUUGCGUGAGAAGCUUAUGCAGAAGCGCGGUCCCUUUGGCUGGGCGAUGCGAACACUUCGUGACAACCCAAUGGGACCUGGCCAGGUCUAUGAGACUCACAACAUGAAGAUCCUCGCCAAGCGUAUACCUGCCAUCAUGGUGUGCGGAGCUCUCUACGGUCUCCACUACGACAUCCACGCUGCGCAGAGUGGUAUUGCGGGUACACCAGAGGGGAAACGGAUGCAAAGUGUGUAUGCACAUGCAGAGAAGUAUCCUAAUGAGGUCGAGCACACCUACUCGUUUGUUCAGAUCCUCACUGCUUGCACUGCGUCCUUUGCUCAUGGAGCUAAUGAUAUCGGAAAUUCGGUGGGUCCAUGGGCCGUCAUCUACUCUGCAUGGUCUACCGGAAAUGCUGCUGCUUCGAAGGCUCCGGUUCCAGUCUGGCAGCUCGCCGUCCUCUCUGCAACCAUCUCGCUUGGUCUGAUCACAUACGGAUACAACAUCAUGAAGGUGAUGGGUAACAAGAUCACUUACCACUCGCCAAGUAGAGGUUGCUCCAUGGAAAUGGGUGCUGCAAUCACUGUUCUACUAUUCUCGCAAUUCUCUCUCCCAGUCUCAACUUCGAUGUGCAUCACUGGUGCCACCGUUGGUGUCGGUCUCUGCAACGGCACUUUGAAAGCAGUCAACUGGCAGAGAGUCGGUCUGCUCCUUCUUUCAUGGAUUGCCACCAUUCCAAUCGCCGGCACACUUGGCGGUGUUCUCAUGGGUCUGUUCCUCAAUGCUCCUCACUUUUCUUCUUAGAUGAAUUGCUUGAAGUUUCGGUGGAUGAGGAUGAAAUGGUCAACAAAUAGUCUUUGUAAGAAGAGCAAUAUGGAUGUUGACUAGGCUGGAAGCAUGGUUGACAUAUAUGUGGUGUGAUUUAGACACAAUUGGACGGUCUUCAAAAAAUGAGUGCUUUGCUGAAAUGUACCCCGCGUGACUGAGAAAUCAUUCAUCCUUCCCCACUAGGAGAUAAGCAGGGUGCAUCGUUGCGGCUUCUCGUCAUAGUCUGCAUCAAAACUCUGCGAAUGGUGAUUGGUGAUCAGACACUUGAGCGAUCCUCGAAAUUUGUUUUCAGCUGGAUGUUGUAAGAUCUCCUAGGCACUCUCCAAUCUUAA